AUGAAACAGAAGGAUGAAGAGCAUAAGAUGGUUUUGGCUAAGAUGGAGGAAUCUCUCAACAAGGCUCGUCUUGCUUAUGAGAGCAUGAUGGCUGAGCAUGAUGCGCUUAAAUCAGGGGAGGCUGAUUUAAAAGACCAAGUUGAGGAGAUGAAGGCGGAGAAUGCUUCUCUGAGAGCAAAAGUGGACAGUCUUUGCGAGACAAAAGUUUGGAUGCUUUCGGAGGGAGCCCAGCUUUUGGCAAAGAAUAUCCACAAGGGUAAAGAGAUGACCGCCGCCGUGGCUGGAGUCAACAAUGCAAUGAGUGCGGUGGGCAUCAACUCAGGUCUGCAUGCUGGUUACGUUCAUGCCUUGCAGAAAAAGACCCCUUUCAAGGAGGUUCCGUUACUGAAUCGCAAUGCCACGGAGGAGCUUAAGCCGGCGAUUGCUUGCUUUGAUACUCUCAAGUUUCCGGUGAUCGAGGAUCUUCCGAAGCUUGGCGACGCGCCUCUUAGUGAGAUCAAGAAAGUUCUCCGUUUUGCCAAUGCCGAUUCUACGGAUGAGUAA